ACGGCUCGCCCAGCUUCGAGCUGGCAUCGCAUCCUUCUAUCUUUAACCUCGCUGCGCAUGCAGGGGCUCAGCGCUGUCACGCUCCAUGAUCGUGCCGGCGCAACCCUCAUAGAGCAAAAGUUCUCAAAAUGACUAUCCCGCUGGGAGGCGCUGGGCCACCGUACGAGCCGGACAAUGACGUCCACAGCAGUCACCACGACCAUGCCUCCCUCUCCUCCAGCUCACACUUUGGCAAUGCUGGCCACGGUCGAGUGGGCAUCGCCCAAAGAGAAAGCAGCAGCUCGCUCCCUCACAGCGCGCACGGCAUGAUGGGCGGGCCCAGCGCCUUUGCUCACAGCAGCAGCUCUAGUACCGCUGCCCUUCAUGCUGGAAUCCCGGCAGACCACUCCGGCAGCUUCAUACCAGGUGUCUCGUCUGCCGUACCGCUCGAACUUCCGGGCAGGGUCAGCUCAAGUGGGAGCACCAUCGGCACGGAGAAUAUGAUGGGUUCUGCCGGGCAGAUGCUCAUCGGCAGCAUUCUGAGCAGGUUUGUCGAGAGGCUGCCCUCAACCUGUGGCUGGAGGUUAACUACUCUAGAAAAUGAUGAGAUGAUCCGAACAAGCAUUGCAAAUCUCGUCAGCCUCAGCGAGCGUCAGAUUUCCAUCAUCCUCAAAGACAUCCUAAGUCAUUUGGAGGGCUUACAGAGGGCUGCACAACAUGUGUCAGAAGAAUCGAUAUCUGGCAUGGAUUUGUUGGCUUCUCAACUUUUCUUGCUCAAGGUCCUCGUUGCUUGCUUGUUCCAACACUGGAAGUCAGUCGGGCAAACAAAGCCUGCCGACUCCCAGUGCCGAGAUACGAGCUCACAAGGCCCUUGGAUCGAUCCUCCGCCGCUCGAUGACGCUCUCGCAAAGCAUGCACUGAGCACCAUGACGAUCUAUCUCAAGCUCACCAUCGCGCGCGAGGAGGCUGGGCUCUUUUCAUCGUUCCCAGCCGCCGAGGUCCCCGAACGCGGGUCUGAUCACUUGAAAUCGCCGCAAAAUGGUACCGUUGGCGGGAAGAAUGCGGAUCGCGCCUUGGGAUUGCCGAGGGAUGCGUUGAAGUUCGGUUCUUCAAGAACCGGAAAGGAGAAGGAGAAAGAGAAGGAUCGUGACAAGGGAAAAGACGGGGACAGGGACGAUGCAGAGGGGAGAGACGCGGACAACGGAGACAAAGCCUCUGAUGCCUGGUCUCCUUCGAAUCUACUGCUGGUCGAGGGCAGCCCACUCUUCUCCAUCUUCCCAACUUUUCCUCCAACACUCUCGCCAUUCGGCAGUGCAGGGAUGCGAUUUCACUCCAAGGGCAAUUUUCCACCAGAGUUCAAUCGCGACUGGCACCUCGCCGAUUUGCAUGGCAAGACAACACAAGAGGCUGUAGAGCUCGGCGAGGUGGAUGACCUUCCGUCAUUGAUGACGAGCAUCUAUCGACACGCGAGCAUGGUCAUCUUCUACCUCAGUUCGAGCAACUGGGCGGUGGUGUUCGCCAGGAUCCGUAACCGCCUUGCCUAUCUUAGUACAACAAUAGAGGAAAGCCCGAACACUGCGGAACUGCGUCUGCUCGAAUGCAGCAAUUUGCACCGCCAACGAUUGGGUUCAGUGGUAUCGGAGCUCUGCACCACCUUCUUGCAUCUCAAGCGAUCGGCUCAACAGACCAUCGCGGUCGCACUGCGGCGAGGCAUCUGGAACUGGAUCUACUACCACCCAGAAGAGUUUGCGCAGAUGUAUGCGACUGGCAGAAGGCUCGAAGGCGCCUCAGAUGUGCUCUUCGAUCAGGUCUACAAUCUCGCGGAAUCGACACGCAAGAAGCUCUGGUUCUGGCCCAUGCUUAACUCCCUCUUGAUGCUGUGUCCCGAUAUCGUUGGGCGAGCAGCCAUCGGCGAGGGAAGAAAGAGCGGUAGCGUGGCAAAGAAAGUGCAAUUCCUCGAAGGACUGCGAAAGAGUCUGCGCACCAGCAAGCUGAGCGAUGUCGCAGCGGUUUGUUGCGUCGAUCUGGUCCGGGCUGCAGCAUUCACACAGCGGGCGGAGUCUGGCUUGCGGCUCGUCGUGCCGGAUAUCGAGCGCGAGCUCCGCGAAAAGGUGUUCGAACCAAUGCGAACUGCCGCGGGGACACCCCGUGCAGAGGAAGUAAUCUUAGCGACAGACCUGAUGCACUCGUUCUACUGCCUCGACCCUCACAAAACCAUGAAGGAACUCAUCCCACCUUUCGCCGCGGAGAACGGCUCAAUUUCAGCCAAGGUCGUCUUGGCCAAAGCUUGCAUCCGCGUCGCAUCAGGCUUCGGCCGGCUGCCAUGGCACCCGCAACUGCGAUUGCUGUAUCCACAGCUGGCCAAGACAUUCCGCUUCAUCUUCAAAGACACUGCAUUCAAGCUGAGCCGCCAAAGCGGUGUGGCGGUGGGAAAGCAGGAAUCCAAGCGGCCGCUAUCGCGUGGAGGGUCGCGGACUGCAUCCAAUCCGUCCGACCAGAUUUUUGCUCGCACCGAGCUCGCCAACAACAUCCUCAAUCUCUGGUGCGCAGAUCAGGACAUGUGGAAAUUUGGGCUUGGAAUAAGCGAGACUCCACAGCGGAACCCGGAUAAGAAGGCGGUCUACACGGAGAGCUUCCUCAUCGAGUGUCUCAACACAGACACAUACCUUGCGCUGUUUUGGUCCACCGCCUUCUGCAUGCAUGCCCCAGGGAUGGAAGUCACUGCAUUCCGCGCGUUGGCUUUUUGCCUGUACCCGUCAUCGAGAACGAUGCAGUCGAUGACACGCGGUGACAUUGUCGAUGAGCAUGCGAGGCUGGCCCGAGGAACCGUUUCCCCCACAACACUAACCGGACUCUUUGAACGCCUGAUCUGGGGCGACUCUCCAGCAAGCUUCAAGUUCCACGUCGGCAUCCUUAGACCAUUGCUCUUAGGUCGCGCGCGUUAUUACGCUGCGCUCAAGCCCCAAGAUCGAAGAGAGUCUCCGUGGAGCAGCUUGGAGCGAGAACGUGCGGCGGAGGAUGUGACCGCCGAAAUUGCAGUCUUGUUGACGAUCUGCAAUUCCGAGCCGGAUAUCUGCCACGGGGCAAUGCAACUAGGGCGUUCCUUUGCUCAGGGCCAUGAUGCAUUCGCGGACGUCUACAGCAGUCAGAACCCGAGCAAGGAGUGGAGAGACUUCUAUUACAAGCUUGCUGAAGAUUCCAGCCUGUUCGUGGGUCGGAUCGCCCAGCAAAAGAAAGUGCGAAGUCUGCUGCGCACGAUCAAUUCGCCCUCACCAGCCAGCUUGGCGGCAUGGAAAGAGGCAUAUCGGCGCUGGGCGGCCCUCACGCAGGUGGUUGCACGACCUCUUGCUGCAGAUACCAGCGAUACCGCCCAGGAGAAGGCCGCAUACUGGUACAACCUCUCGGGGUUCCUCUCGGCCCUUGGCGGUGCUUGCGCGAUCGAAGACGCCAACCUGCUUCCCAGCACUCUUCAAGACACUCUGCUCAACCCCAAGCUGGUCAACACUAAUCCACCGGUGCCGAUGAUUGAAAGCUUCAUGCAGGAGAUGGUGGAUCUGUUGGUAUCAGACUCCAUCUGGGUACGCGAAAAGGUCAAAGAGACCCUAGGCACCGACCUCAGUCCUCGGUUAAAUGGUAUUCUGUUACGGCAAAUCCACGCGGUUCUCAGCGACUUCUUCGACAAAUCUACUGGGCUGCCAAGACCUGCUGAGAUGUUCACCGUCUUCGUGGAGCAGUCGAUCAGCGUUGUGCAGAUGGUGCUGAAUCGCAUGAGCGCUCAAGCUGAUGCGACGACAAAUGUUGACAUUGGUUCCUUGAUGGUGCUCUACGUUGAGUAUGUCAACUCUCUCGGUCGAAAAGAUCAGGCGCUGCGCAUUAAGGUCGCCAUGUGCCAGCUUUGCGAGACAUUGAUGUCAAAGAAGGCGGCAUUCCUGUUCUCCAACGAGCUCCGAGUUCGCAAUCGACUAUUCCAGGCGCUAGUUACCUGGACCUCAGAUUCGGCCGAUGACGCUGGCGGCAGUGAGCGGUCCGAGCGUCUGCAGCGUGACUUGGAUGUGAUUUGCCUCAAGACAAUUGCUAGUCUGCUCGACCGGCUACCGCUCAUCCUGGCAGACGAUGCCUUGUUCCUCGACGAUAAGGUGGAAUGGGCAAAGUCUCGACAAUUCUCAAUGUACUUCAACUACUUCCUCAAAGUCCUCAACCGCACACGCGACCUCGAAGCCAAGUCAAUGAAGAGCGAGAAAGGUAGAGAUUCGCAGAGUGACAGCGCUGUCAUCAAGGAUUCCGCAAUCCUCGCCUUAUCGAACUUGUUGGCAUCCAAUAUCGACUCUGGCCUUCAGCACUCUCUGCCGCUUGCGUACAAAGAAGACCCACGGAUCCGCACAGCCUUCAUGCAAAUUAUGACCAACGUCAUCUCUCAAGGAGCGCAAUUUGAAGACCUCGAGCGCUUGGCUGGCACUCAGCAGCAAAACAAAAUGGUCGAAUUGAUCUGCGAAGGUGACAUGCAGCUGGCCCUGUCCAUCUGCCAGAUCUCCCGCGGCUUCGACGCAGACUCGCUCGACUAUGUUCUGCUCAACAUCUUCGACUCGCGAGGCGAAGUCAUGCGCUUUCUGGGCUUGGCUCUUGAGGAGGAAGUCGAGCGCACACCUUCGGAAGAGAUGGUGUUCAGGAGCAACUCCUUCCGGACUCAUCUGCUGUCAGUCUACGCCAAGAUGCACGGCUACGAAUAUCUUCGGUCCGUGCUGGAGCCGCUUGUCGUGGAUAUGAUCUCUCGCUCCAGAGGGGUGUCUUUCGAGAUCGAUCCGCAAAGGAUCGAGCCGGGCGAGAGCGUCGUAGUGAACCAAGCACGUCUAGAAGAGCUAGCACAAUCCUUCAUCGAUGCUAUCUGUACCUCUGCGCACCGGGUACCUGCCGUGUUGCAAGAGCUGUGCAGGCGAAUUCGUGUCCUGAUGGAUGCGAAGUUCCCCAACUCGCGCUACCAAGGCGUUGGCGGCUUCAUGUUCCUACGCUUCAUCAGCCCCGCCGUUGUCGCUCCGCAACUGAUCGAUCUGGACCUCGGCUCCUCGACCAAGGAAGCUCGACGCGGGCUGUUGCUGGUCAGCAAGAUUCUCCAAACUCUGGCUAGCAACAAUCUCUUCCCGACGCAUAAGGAGCCGUUCAUGACGAGUCUCAACGACUUCCUGAAGAGGAACGUCUGGAGGGUCACCAACUUCCUGGAUCAAGUAUCGGAUGCAACCUCGGAACUCGAUCGAGCAUCAGCUGGUCAGCACAGCAUCUUCGCCCUAGGGUACACUUUGAACGAAUCAGACCAGCGAUCGCUCCAUAGGUUUUUGUAUGACAACGUCGACAAAAUCGGGAAGGAUCUGCUUUCAAGGAGCGCCAGUUCGCGCGCCAAAGGCGAUCUCGCGGCCUCUGACGAAAGCAAGAGGAUCUAUGAGAAUCUCUGCAUUGCGCUUGCGGAGAUGGGUGAUUACAGCGUUUUGGCCCCAGUGGUAUUAGCACAGCAGAAUGUUGGUGUCGACAAUCGUCAGUCGUACGAGGACUUCAUGAGACGCAACGUCAACCGGCACCUGGAUCCACAAGCUUUUGCCAAGGUUUUCCGGAUCGGGCCGCCUUCGAAAGCUGGUAGACCAGUCGUAUACUACACGAUAAGCAGCAUUCGUGCCGCAAGCUUCGACUUCGAAGCUCUCAUUGCGCAUGUUCUACAAAUGCUACAACCCCUCUUCAACAGGGAGUUCGAUCUUCUGCUGGAUAUGACUGGAAUGUCGUCUGAGCAUUGGAUUCCGCCACAAUGGCUGUUAUACUGGACCUCGCUCCUUCCGUCGGAAGUGCGGCGUGGCCUGCGCAACCUGAUCGCAUUCAAUCCCAACAGCUCUACAAAGGAGUCGCUUCGUCCUUACUUCUUGCAUGAGAUUGAGAAGCUGGGCCCACUUGACAAUGCAUUGGCUGCGCCAGCAAAUCUCGACGUUCACUUCUGCACCUCGCUUGCUGAACUCGAAGCAUUCAUCGCACGCAAAGACAUCGACCUCAAUGCAUCAACAAUGAGCAUCGCAAUGGCUCCUGUGGAACACACAUUCCCCAACGCAACGCUUAUCAGUCAUUACCGAGCACUUCUUCCGGUGUCUUUCCGGCUAGGGAGCGAUCACCUGCAAAUCAUGUCACUCAAGCUACAAGAGAUGUUCAUGGGACGUUCAUCAUACACGAAUGAGGUCAUCCACUUCGCCGACAUCGACGACGUUCGGCCAGUAACCAAUCGAAGCGAAGAAACAGCGUUUAUUCUGACGUGCAAAGGUGGCAGGUCUGCUUUCCUUUUCCUCAGCAAGGAUCGUACGGAGAUUGUGCAAUCCUUGCGCCAGGCCAAGGCACGUGUUGGGCGGACAGCCGCUACUAAAACAGAGCGGACACUCAUGCCCAGCGACGUUCCUGGAACCUUGCUCAACAUGGCCUUACUCAAUAUGACCAGCACCGACUACAUGCUAAGGGCCAGCGCGUACAACCUCCUUUGUGCUCUCUCAACUUCAUUCAAUUUCGGCACCAGCAGUGCAAAGCGUCGCUUGCUCAGUGUGCAGGGCCUCGCCCUGCCGGCGAACAUGACCACAUUUGUUGCAGACCUGAGCAAGGACUUCGCUGUGGCGGCUCCUGGUGUUUCGCUGGAAUUCCUCAUUUCUUUCUUCGAGGGAUUUGAGGCAUCAGCUCCGAGCCAGCGGCCUGCAUGCUUGCUGUAUAUGGUUCCGUGGCUCUCCAACCUUUCGAGCUUCAUGCACAGUGCUCGUGAGCAGCAAUCUGAGUAUCUCAAGAGGAUUAAAGAGGUCUUGGGGCAUUUAAUCAAAAUCACCGUUCAGCAUCCGGAGCUUUACGCCACGAUGCAACGCAACGUCUGGACGCAUUUUAGCAAGCUUGAUGGUCUUUUACCGAUUGUCUUAGAAGUCUUCACUGAGGCUGCGGUAGACUCCGGGCUGCAGACAAGGGCAUUCGAAGCCGUGCUUGACACUAUGGUGUCCUUCACUUCCUUCAAUCUCCGGGGCAAGCUGUUAUCACGUCUGCGGAAGGCUAUCGCGAGGACCGCCAAAGCUCCCAGUGCGACGCCACUUACAGACAACGCUGCAUGGGUUGAAAUAGCAACGCUCGUCCGCAUGAACAUGGUCCUCUCCUUCACCAAUCGCAUGGAGGUCAUGCUUUACCUGCCGGAGCUCUUGCACGUACUGUUGCUCCUCGCAGGUACUGGCUCGGACGCAAUGCGACGAGCCAUCCAUGGUUCGGGCAUCAAUCUCAUUCACUCCCUCUGCACCGAAGACCCACGUGAGGCAAAGAGCGAAGUGGAUGCUGCCCUUCCUCCCGGGACUACCAAAUUGCGAGCUCUUCUCGCCACUUUUGCUGGCGACGAGGCUCUCAAGUUGUUCGGGCUGCGCAGCGGGGAGCUUGCACCCUUUGCAGGGUCAAUGGACAUAUUCACCGAAAGCCCGACCAACGAGCAGAUUGAAGUGCUAGCUCUCCGAGUUUAUCAGAUCGCAGAACUUGCGGCGCCGACUGUAGACACUGCCAACAGUUGGCGAGCGCGAUUGACCAGCCUGAUCACGAGCACAGCUUUCCAGUACAAUCCCUUCAUCCAGUCGCGCGCUUUCAUCUUGCUCGGCUGCUUGGCGCAAGGGGAGAUCGAUGACGAUCUCCUAUAUCAGAUUCUGGUGUCUUUGCGGGGUAGCAUCUCCGAAUGGGGAAACAACGGGAACGACGGGCCAAUGAUUAGCAUUCUUGCUUGUCUGAGCAAAGUCGUCAAGAUCCUACCGCGGCGCUCUCGAUACUUGCCUCAGAUGUUCUGGCUUGGCAUAUGCAUGGUCCAGUUCGGACACAUUCCCACCUUCCGGGCUGGUGUCGAGCUCCUGCAUUCUGCACUGCAGACGAUCUGGGAUCGCAAUCUUCCUCAAGAGAGCGGCAGGGAUCUUCCGACAUUCCUGCUCGAGGCAAGAACGGAAUUUAGAGAAUCUUCUUGCCGCCUAGAUGAUGAGACUGGCGUCGACUUUGAGCUCGACUUUGGCUUCGCCAUGGCGGCUUUGUUGGUCAAGGGUCUCCGCUCGGAACGGACGCAAGCCGAGACGAUCGCGGUGCUGCGCUCAUUGCUCCGCUUUACAUCCUAUGACAUCGAUGGACGACCUCAUGCGCGCGACGGUAAGCUGUCAUCGUAUCAUCUCGGCUACUUCGUCGCGCUUCUCCCAACUGCAGUCUCAUCCGAAGAUUGCAGCUCCUUGCUCGAAAUGACAGGAAUCGAUGCCGAUGUGUCAAAGCAUGUCAUCGAUGACCGAGAGAAAGGCAGUUGGAGUCUGUUCAGCCUGUUCGGAGCGGCGGAUAAGAAAGAAGCAUUGCUCAUCUCGACGCUUGUCGCCGCUCUGUUGGAGUACGCAACGUCGGACGACGAAAAGCUGUUGCUCUACACGCUACUUGCCGACGCCGCUUUGGCUCGGCCCGCCAUUGUUUCCAUUCUCUACGAUUGGCUGUCACCUGGAAUGCAGGACGUCUUUGUCAAAUCGCAAAACCCGCAGGUGAUCAAAGCCGUCCACUCCAUCGCGAGCAUCGCAGUCUGCGAGCCCGUCUUCGCGGCGCAAGCAGCAGAGACGGCACGGCGCGGCGGCCCGUCUGCGUACCUGGAGGAGAGCGGCUUCGCGUCCUUGCUUGACUGUGGCUGCUUCCACGGUCGCAUCGACGAUGGGCAGCGCAUCAUGCUCGCUAGACUUUCCACUGCUCUGCUUACUGGGUUGAUCGACGCAGGGGCGCAGUGAAGCAUGUUCCCUUCCAUCACCCCUUCCAUCAGCAGUCUCGAGGCUGGACCUCUCCACUCCAUCGCGGCUCAACCCAUCACUCUGACAGUUCGCUCACAUACGCAAUUCUCAGCCUCGUUCGGAUACCUUGGGCUGAAAGCAAAGAUGUGUUUUAUGAUGC